ACCUGCGGAUCCAGUGCAUUCUAGUGUUCCUCACUUUGUAUGUGCAAGAGGGAUUAACAAGGGAUUAUGAAGCAAACCUGGGAGCAAAUGUUCUUUUACAGGUAUAUUUUUCUUUAUUUACCUUUUUUUCAAUUUUGUGUCAAAAAGUCAUUGAUGGCUACAAUUUAUGCUACUUUGUGAAACACACCCCUCUGUUAAAGCAGGCUGAAUCAAGGCAGGAAGACAGUGUAACAAUAAUUUACACAGAACUGUAUGUUGUAUGUGAAUAAUAUCUAUACCCUAAUCGCAAAUAUUUGGUAAGACUUUUGCAGAAUUCAUACUAUUGGUAACACUGCAAAAUCCUGUUAGUGACCAUACCCAGAAUUUAAGAGUAGUAUAGGUUUCCCAAAGUGAUAUUUUGCAACAAAUACUCACUGGGCCAGAACAUAAAGUGUGGUCCUAUUUAAAAAAUAUAUAUAUAUCUAUGAAUUAUAUGAUUUAUACGUUUCCCUCUAAAGGUUUUCCACUCUUAAACAUAUUUGUUUAUGUUAGAUUCCCAGCAAUGACCAGGAUAUGUGGUAAUGUAUUGACACAGAAAUGACUUGUGUGCAAAAUGAACAUUUGAGAGGAAAUCGUGCAACCCUGGCCCUGGCCCUGUGUACAGUGAAAGCAUUUAUUUCCAGUUCCACUUCCCCUCUAUUCGUGAAUGGCUUAGAUUCAGACUAUCUCGACAUAAAAUCGUGACCCAACCCUCACAUAGGCAGACUGUGGAGAUUUCUUCUAAAGGUGGAGUUUUGAACAAACAAUGGUACUAAUACAUUGUAUUAUGCAUCUCAUCACCACAGUGUGCCGUUGGCCUCUUAUCUUUAAAGCACAUUUAAAAAAACUACCCAUGCACUUGAGUGACUUGCUUGUCUUGUUUCUUUUCCAGAGAGUAAGACGUCAAAGCAAACCAACAAAAGCAGUGCUGAAGGUGACAGACUACCAUGUGAGGUGUUCCGUGGUGUCCCGCUACGCUGUUACCAGAGUCCAGAGUUCAGUCUGGAACCAGCUGCCCAUCACCAAGGAGGCGGCCUUCGAGGUGGACCUGCCCUCCUCUGCUUUCAUCUCCAACUUCACCAUCACCUCCAACGGCAAGGUGUAUGUGGCCCAGGUGAAGGAAAGAGCUGCUGCCAGGAAGAUUUACGAUGCCGCCAAGAAGCAAGGAAAAACAGCCGGACUUGUUGCCACCAAAGAGAGGGAGAUUGACAAGUUCCGCGUGGCGGUGAGCGUGCCAUCAGGAGCUCGGAUGUCCUUCGCCCUGAGCUACGAGGAGCUGCUGCCUCGGCGGCUCGGCCGCUACGAGCUCAGUCUGGGUCUGAGGCCGGGACAGCCCGUGCAGAACCUCACCUUAGACGUCAGUAUAAUGGAGCAGACGGGCAUCAGUUUCAUCAAAGCCUUUCCUCUUAAGACGAGCCGACUGCUCUCCAACACUGCUCAAGGUGAUGCAGAGCCUCCUGCCUCCACUCAUGUGGAGCAGAGCGCUUGCUGUGCUCGGGUUCGCUACAGUCCUACUCUACAGCAGCAGAACAGCAUCUCCUCUAAAGGUCUAAACGCAGACUUCAUCAUCCAGUAUGAUGUGGAUCUUAAAGACCUCAUGGGUGAAGUCCAGGUGUAUGACGGCUACUUUGUGCAUUACUUUGCACCCAGAGGGCUUCCUGUGGUUCCUAAGGAUGUUAUAUUUGUCAUUGAUGUCAGUGGCUCAAUGAUAGGCACUAAGAUAAAACAGACCAAGCAGGCCAUGGGCACCAUUCUCGGGGACCUGAGAGAGGGAGACCACUUCAAUAUCAUCACCUUCUCAGACAAAGUUCACACCUGGAAGAAAGGACGAACAGUCCGGGCGACUCGGCAGAAUGUACAAGACGCCAAAGACUUUGUGAAGAGGAUUAUUGCAGAAGGAUGGACAAAUAUCAAUGCAGCUCUGCUUUCAGCUGCCCAGCUGGUCAACCCUCCAUCCUCUGCCUCUUCCAGCCACCUCUCAUCCCGCCGCGUCCCUCUGGUCAUUUUCCUUACGGAUGGGGAGGCAACCAUCGGAGUGACGGCUGGCGACACCAUCCUUAACAACGCCAAGAAAGCUUUGGGCUCCUCCUCUCUGUUUGGCCUGGCCUUUGGAGACGACGCCGACUUCCUCCUCCUCAAACGCCUUGCUCUGGAUAACCGCGGCGUGGCUCGGAUGGUGUACGAGGAUGCAGACGCAGACUUGCAGCUGAAGGGCUUCUACGACGAAGUGGCCAGCCCUUUGCUGUCAGACAUCCAGCUGUUGUACCUGGAUGACCAGGCGUUUGACAUCACCCGCUCCAUGUUCCCCAACUACUUCCAAGGCUCAGAGUUGGUGGUGGCUGGGAGAGUCAAACCAGGGGUCAAGGAUUUUAAGGUGUCGAUGUCCGCCACUGACUCAAAGCAACAUGUCAAGUUGGAGAACGAUGUGUUGAUUUCCAAUGCAAAGGGGAACGGGAGUGAAGAUUUACUCAACUGCUCAGGAGACAUGGAAGGAAUCUCCAGCUUUGUGCACCGUCUCUGGGCGUAUUCCACUAUCAAGGAGCUGCUCCUGGCCAAACUGAACGCUACUGACCCUGCAACUCAAAGGCUACUGGCGGACAAGGCCACCAACCUAUCCCUCAAGUAUAACUUUGUAACACCAGUCACUUCUUUAGUCGUAGUCAAGCCGGAUGUAGAUGAAGCAGCUCAAACUCCAACCACCGCAAAACCCACCACGGCAGCAACUACAACCACGACAGCAGUGACUACUGCCGUCACCAAAAUAUCUGCUGCCGGUGCUGCAAAGAAGCCCAGCGCACCUUCUAACGCCAGGCCUAACAAAAGAAAACCAGACCCUCCUCAGCCACCGCCAAAGCAGAAUAAAAAAAUCUCAUCCCCAACUUCAUCACCGUCCAAGAAAACCACGACAACUUCAAGUCCCAGCUCUGUAAAAACUGCCCCAGCUCCAUUCUCUGGUAAAAAGCCCACUCCUUCUCAAAAUGAAUCCAAAACUGCUUCUAUUCCUCCUCCCCCCCCUCCUCCUCCGUCUCCUGCGGGUAAGAUACCAACCUCUGUGCUUAAUGCUCUAAAAACAGCGCCACCCCCUGCACCUGGAAAAGUCUCCACCCCCCAGCCCAAAGCCUUGAAAACAACCACUUCCUCAACAACCACCACAAUGCUAACAUUCACCACGAGCACCGCACCUCCACUCAGUUCAGUCACAACUGCCCCUGCGACCCUGCCAGGGAGACCCCUUACCCAACAGCCCAGUACGGCGAGGCCAGCCCUGCCUCCUGUCAAAGUGACUGUGCCCUCCACAGAGGCAGAAAACAGCAGCAAAUCUGCUCCAGAUGUGCCUGAAAUCACCACCUCCCUACCCGAGCUGUUGCCUCCGCUCACCUCUCCCACCCCGGCACCGGCACCGGCUCCGGAUGUGGAAGACAACAACACUGACCUGAGCAUCGCCACCUUCGUGUCGGCCACCUUUGCUCCCAUGCCUGGUGUCACAGACGGGCCGCGGCUGUGGGAAGCAGCAGGGCUUCUGGAUGUCUCCACUUUCAUUCAGAGGAAAGAUAUCGAUCUUGUAAAAGACUACGAUGCAACCUAUGACUACGACUACGAUCUCAACUAUGACUCCUGGGAUGAUACUGCAGACACUGGAUCAUUUGACGCUGCUCCGUCCAGACUGAGCACCAUCCGGGUCUUCUCCUCAUCAGUUGAUGGAGAUCCUCAUUUCGUGGUCCAGCUGCCAAAGCUGCAUCAGAACCUGUGUUUCACCGUGGACGGCAGAGCUAAUGAUGUCCUCAGACUGGUAGAGGACCCAGAGAGAGGUAUCAUUGUUGACGGCCAUCUAAUGGGCGCUCCCUCCAAGCACGGUGCUGAAGAGCGCCCGCGGACAUACUUCGACCGGCUCACCAUUUCCUCGGCCACGGGCGGCUCCAGUGACAUCAUGAUCACCCUGUCACUGGACGCUGUGGUGGUGGAAGGGGAAGGGCGGGACCGUCUUCCCAUCAAUCAGCAGGGGUCGGUGAUGAGGCAGGGGGUGACCGUUGCCGUGGACAACCAUCAGAGCUGCUGGAUCGAGCUGGCCAAGGAUGUGCGCUUCCUGGUUCUGUUCCACCACUACAAACAGCCCAGCUACCUGCAGAUGGCUCACCUGGGCUUCUACAUCUCAGAUGGGCGGGGGCUGUCUGCUUCAAGCCAAGGCCUGCUGGGCCAGUUUCAGCAUGCUGACAUGCGUGUGACAGCGGUGAAGGAUUAUCUGGGUGGAGGUGCUCGCUAUGAGGCGGUUUCAGCCAGGGGGACCCUGAGGUGGGGAUCGGAGAGCAUGCUGCUCACCUUGCAGGACAAGACGCUGAAAGACACGGUGCGGAAACGCCACAUAGGCAAGUGUUGGGUGGUGCCCAAGGGAGAGAUAGAGAGACUGCUGGGUCACCCGUACGAGAGCUACGUGGUGAAUCAUGGGUAACUCUAGCCGAGUCUGCUCCGCCUUGUUGCCUCUCUGCUGCACAGCUCAGGUCACAGCAAUUCUCAUGGCGUUGUUAAUGGACAAAAGCAUGAACACGAACUGGGACUCCGUGAGGCUAAAAUGACACGUCAUAUGCCACACAUUGUCUAAUAAUAAAAAUAAUAAUAAUAACACAGGUGUGCUUACAAAAGAGGGUGACACUUUAUGAAGCAGUAAUGAGGAAUAGGGCUGCACGAUAUGAGUAAAAAAUCCAAUUGCGAUUAUUUUGACUGAUAUUGCUGUUGCGAUAUGAUUCAAGAUAUGGGAUUUUGUAUCGUUCUCAUUUUCAUUGACAAUUAUUAAAAUGUUUUUUUUUUGUUUUUUUUUUCAAGAUUUUUUUGGGGGCAUUUUUAGGCCUUUAUUGACAGGAAAGAGGGGGAAGGACAUGCAGCAACGGGUCAGAAUUCAAGGACUGAGCCUUUUCACAUGGGGCGCACGCUUAACCAGGUGAGCUAUCCAGGCGCCCCUAUAAUGUGAUUUUUGCGAGGUUCUGUACCAAACAAGGACUUUUUUCUUUAGUCCGUAGGAUAGGAUUUGUAGGCCAGGCUGUCUCUGCAGCACCACAAUACUUAUUUCAGAAUGGUUUGACACAGAUGUUGCCUUUUACAAAUAUUGCCCCGUCCCCCCCCUGCGAUUUUGAUAUUGCUCUGGUCCAUAUUGCGAUUUCGAUAAAAUCGCGAUUAAUUGUGCAGCCCUAAUGAAGAAGUAUGGUUGGACUAAUAUAGUGAAGGACUGAACAGUUCUCCGUCAGUGAGUUGGACUUGGAUUCAAGCAGUGUGUUCUGUAUCUGAAACAGGCACGGUGUCCUGCUGUUGGCAUGGCAACCACAAAAUGUCCAUUUGUGCUGCAGCGGUUUGCGCUUCAUCCAAAAUGUCUCGCACACUAACUCUGUUCACAACCUCGAAGAUGUUUAUCAGAUUAUUCUUAUAUUUUGUCGUGGAAUGAUUACUAGGCAAAAGCCAGAUUCUUGUCAUUGUUCAGAACCGCAUCAUUCUGUAAGUUGUAUGUUUUUAGUGCAAGUGUAUAUAAAACAUUAUUGUAUGUAUCGACACAAAACUCAGCUGGAUGUUCAGGAAGAAACACAAAACAGAAAUCGGGGUCUUUCCAGGUUUGCCAUGUGCUUUUUAUUUUUCUAUCAUUUCAUUCAUAGUUUAAUUCAUUUUAUUUGUUACACAAGACAUUAGGCAUUGCUCACGUACUAGUGAUCAAACAAGGACAGUAAGUUUUCUACUACUCAGCCUGACACUAUUUUGAACUUUUGUCAAUUUCAAGGGAUAUUGUCAAUAGUGGUUUCCAAAAAGGCCAAACUGGAUGGAAAUUAAAAGAGUACAACCACA